AUGUCUGUCAAUUUCUUGCCAGGGCAACCGAAUCACUCUUCGGAUUCAUGUUGUUUCGCCAACUGGAAUACUAUUCAGAUAUUAGCAUAUACCUCAGGAAAUAACCUUGUCAUACUUACUAAAAAUUCCAAGCAUUUACAAACGAUAUACCUACCAAAAGACUCAUAUACAGUUUAUCUAAAUAGGUCUAAUGGGAAAAUAGCCAUUGCAAUAGAUAAUGAGGUUCACAUAUACACUCCUGAAGUUUCAAAUUAUUACAACUUUAAUUUUCAUGGAAGAAAGAAUAUUGAUGAAUUGGAAAUCGAGUGGACAUUGGAGCACGUCAUUGUCAACGAAAAUGAUACAUCCAAAAUUAACAGUUUAUGUUGGUCAGACUACACAGUACCGCAAAGCGAUGAGCUUGAGCUGCAAUUUAUGGAAUUACCUAGAGAAUUUAACUCGAAAACAACAUGCGAAUUAGUGACAGGUUCUGACAGCUCUCUUGCUAUGCAUAAGUUGUACUAUGAUAAGGCUGAUCCAGAAGAAAACGUUAAAUGCACGUUGAUAUGGUUCAAGAAACAGCCCAAUCCUAUAUACAAAGUUAAGUUUUCACCAAAUGCUACAUGUAUUGCGAGUAUUGGGUUCUAUGAUAAACAUGUGAAACUAUGGAAUAGGAAUGGAUUUAGUGAAGAAAAUUUAGAUUUUGAAUUACAUUAUUUACCCCACGACACAUUUGUAACUGAUAUCAUUUGGAAGAGAUAUGUUACGUCGAAUUCUACAACAGCCGCUACAAAAGAUAACACAUCAUCAAAGUCUUCAGAGAGUUUUAUCUUAAAACCUGUGAAUAGUAUUAUUAAGCACGAUUGCAGAUUGAUGUCGGAUGAAAGUAGUAUACACUCAAGUACUUUAAAGGAGUAUUAUCAUAAUACACUCUACACCUUCACAUAUAAUUCAAAUAUGAGAGUCUUCUCUACAUUUAGACUGGAUAGAGGCUUUGAAAUCUUUGAAUCGGGACGGCUGGACUUGUAUCAAGAUGAUCCUUCCAAAAGGGGAAAGGGUAUUUUGAAAACCGUCACUUUUAUUGAUAAUCAAUUUUUGGAACUUGAGCUUGAAGAUAUGUUAAAGAAGUUCGAAGCAUCAUCAACUAAACUCGAUCAUUCUAUGAAAAUGCAGAAUAAGAUUCUUGAUCUGCUUAAACUGAAAUGUGAAUUAUGCAUUGUCGUUGGUAGCGAUGGUGUGCUUACUCUUUACCUCCUCUCAAACCUCUGUAAUGUUCUACCUUCAAAAAUGACAAUAACCAAGUUAGAUAAGUUACGUGUUGAUGGUAAAUCUUACUUGUCAAUAAUCAAAUUAUCUAAAUACUGUCUUCCAUCACAUCCUUCAGAUUUUAUAGUUAAAUCCAUACAGAUUGAUCAUUAUUCCAAAAGUUCAAUCCUAACUUUAGUUUUACAUGAUUGUUUCAAGCAUACCAUUAGGGUAAUCAACAUAGAUUUCACAAGUUUCUUACAAUUUGAUCGUUCAAAGUAUAAUAAUGAAGGUGUGCCGCUGAAGCAUAAGGUUGUCCAUGUUGGUCGUUUGGCACAAAAGUUUACAGGACAUAACAAAUCGAUAAGAAGGCUAAUAAGGUCAGCAGAUGGCUCUUCUGUGCUAUCAUUGACUAGGUUUCAAAGAACUGUGCUCUGGACCCCAAUUAGUUUAAGCAAUGAAAGGAAAACAUUAACAAAAAGAUGUGUUAUAGUCACCGAUACACCAAUUCAAAAUGUUGUCAUUUGGAAUAACUCUCAUUAUGCUAUCGUUAUUCUGGAAAGAAAAAUAAUAGUGUUUGAUUGCGUGAACACAUUUUCUAAUCUGACGGCUCAAGAAGUCGCAAUGUUAGAUAUUGAUACAGCCCUGCCCCCAGAUUGUGUAUUCUUACUUCCUGAAACCUCAAAGUCUGAGUGUCAUAUCGUCAUGGUAAAUAAAGAUAGAUCAUGCAAAUGCUUUAGGUUUAGCGUUCAUCCAAAUAAUAAUGGUGAUAUGGAAUAUAAACUAGAGAAAUAUUUCAUUGACCCUUUGCCGAAUGAUAGCAACGAUGAAAUUUACAUGCUCUCUGCGGUUGACCCAGUAGGAUGGAUGCAAUCUAUUGAUCGGGUUGGUAGGGCAAUUUUGGUUACAGUCACACCCAAUGGACGAGUUUUCAUUUAUUAUGUCUCAUUUAGUAAGGCUAAAGACGGGAAUGGUUUAAUUAGAUGGCAUUUGAAGGAUAGCUUUAAAACGGGGAUCAACAACUGCUCUCUGAUAUCUGUGUCUUCAAUCAAUAAGAUGGCACUUGUUGAUGAAACAAGAUCCAAGUUAAGUAUUUGGGACAUGAAGGUUUCUGUUAGAGACUAUUAUGAGGAAUUUGAAAAUGAAGUCAUAAAAGACCUAGAUUGGACAUCGACUGAAUUUGACCAAGGAAUCCUUGCUGUUGGUUUUAAAUCGCACUCUUUGUUAUACACACAGUUGCGCCAUGACUAUACUAAUCAAAGGCUAUCGUUUGUAAAGAUUAAAAAGGUUGACCUAUCUCAUGAAACCACACACGAGAUUGGAGACUCUAUAUGGAUGGGUGACGGCAACCUUGUCAUUGGCGCCGGUAACCAAUUAUACCUAAGCGAUAAAAAACUCGAUGCCACUAAGGAUGAGGUUACACGGCAAGCAAUUGGGUCACUAGAAAUUCGAUCCAAUGAUUUAUUUCACUUGUGUGCGGUACUAAACGGACCUUUGCCAUUGUAUCAUCCACAAUUUAUUAUACAGUCAGUGUUUCUUGGAAUGAUACCACUCGUGAAGAUUAUCUUACUUCAGCUAUCUCAUAUAUUAAGAGAGAUAGAUUUAGGAGUAAGGAGGGAGGAUGAUUUUGGCUUUGACAUUCAAAUUGAGAAGGUUAUGACACUGUUAAGUAAUAUAGUCAACCAAAAUGAGGAUUUUUACAGCAAAGAAAAUGAUGACCUUAAUGAACAAGGUUUUCAAAUACUAAUUGAAAAAUUGCAAAAGAUCAAGCUACCAUUUCUUACAGGACAUCAGCAAAUCACCCUAUUACAUACCAUUUACAUUCUCAAAGACAUUACACUAUACCAAUCCAAAGUUUUGGACAUUAGUGGUCUUAAAUUUUUUUUGGCAAUGAAACUAUUUACAGUGAACAUGACAAAUCCUUUGUUUGUAUCAACGCAUGAUUCAAUAAGCAUGAGGGAUAUAUCAUUUGCAUUGCAUUCAGAUAAUAGAGACCUUCUCUAUGGGUUGUUGGAAGAGAAGAACGGAAAUCAAUUGAAUUGGAAUUUAGCAAGGAGCUAUUUAUUGCCUUAUUGGCUUGACAUCACUAGAUUACAACAUGCCAUGGAAAAGAUUGCGGCUAACGAGUUUUUAAAGUUCCAAAGAGAAAAUGGUGGUCGCAAGGACCCUUCAACAUGCUCAAUUUUUUAUCUUGCAUUGAAGAAAAAGAAAGUUUUAGUUGGAUUAUGGAAGACAUCAUUUGGUAAUCCAGAACGUGAAAAAAUGAUCAAAUUUUUAAGCAAUGAUUUUACAGAAAAAAGGUGGAAGUCUGCUGCCAAUAAAAAUGCAUACGUUUUAUUAGGUAAACAUCGGUAUAUGGAUGCUGCAUCAUUUUUUCUUUUAGCUGGUUCUCCUAAGGAUGCCGUUAAUGUCAUUGUAAGGCAAAUAAAGGACAUACCAUUGGCAAUAGCAGUUGCUAGGUGUUAUGAUGGGAUUGAUGAUGGUGUUUCGGUAAGAACAGUUAUAGAGAGACAGAUGUUGACGGACGCUAUCACUACCAAUGAUCGGUGGAAACUAAGUUGGAUUUUCUGGAUCUUGGGGGAUAAAAUUCAUUCAGUCCAAUCGUUGAUAAAACCAUUACACAAGAUAAAAGAUGACGUGAAGAUGAAUUUACCCGAUUACCAAUGGCCUAAUAUUGAUAGUGUGGUCAAAACUACAGAUACAGAAGAUCCUGUUUUGCUGAUUAUGUACGAUUCUCUUAGAAAAAGAAAUGUCAAGUACUAUCAGGGUAUCUCGAUGAUUGAACCAAAACAUGAAUUUUCUUUUGUGAUCAAAGCUGCCACAAUGUACACCAAAAUGGGCUGUGAUUGGUUGGCACUUUAUUUGCUCAGAACAUGGGAAUUUUCAGAAGCUAAUAAUGAACAAAAAGCAUAUAUUAUGCAAGCUGGUCAAGAAGAAGAAGUCAAGCUUCAGAAACCAGGUGAUAUUCUGGCUAAAUUUAUGUCUCCUUCUGGGUCAAGUAAUUCUAGGGAACCCCCUAAAGAGCUACCUAGUUUGCUAGACAAUUACACCGAUUUCCCACACACACCAAGUAUACUUUGCAGUCCCCAUAGCGAGGAGGGGAAGGAACCUAGCUUACUAGACAAGUUUAGCAGUGGUACUAGUUCUACACCGUCUUCCGGGGAUGUAAAUACUAAGAAAGUAAAUAUAGGAGCAUCUACAUCGGGAGUUCCUAACUUAUUAGAUAAUUGGGCAUAA